CAAAGAUCAUCACCACAAUAAUCAAACAACAACACACCUUCUUAGCCUUUAGGUGCUGUCCACGUUCAAAAUGGACGAAAACGACGUCAUUUGAACCCCUUUUGCCAGAUCAGCAAAGUACUAUUACCUCACCUGAACUAAGGAAAAAAAAAAAAAACGUUCAUAAAAGUUUUUCCCUUAGACGCUCCCAUCCUUCCUCCUCCGGCGCCUCCUUCUUUCCUCCCGGACUCUUCCCGUUUUGCCCUUCACCUCAAAUCCUCAUCAUCCAAUCUCUUCCUCUUGAAUUUCAGUCGAAAUUCGAGGAUAUCUUCGUCAGUUCAUCCCAAUUCCAGCUCCUUGUAUUGUAUAAUUAUUGUGUGCUAUAAUAUAAUUCUGAAAAUCCUCACCUGAGCAUGCAAAAGGUUUUCCGGCGAGGAUAGAUUAUGAGGUCAUCGUCGUCGUCGGUAUGGCCGGAAAAUUCGAGCUCCUACCUCAAUUCCUCUCCGUCGACGUCGCUUAAUCCUCAAUCGCCGCCGCCCUCCGGAGGUUGCUCAUCGCAUAAUGUAAAUCCCAAAAAAUGUUAUGGUAAUAUUUAUCGGUUACUAGCACGGAGGGAGGUAGCUCCACGAACAAAACAUAAUUCCAAACAGUCAUGGGCCAAAGCUUCUGUGCAUCAUGUGGAUUCUUGUGGAACAAGUUCUGAUGCUGAAACAAAUUCUGAUGCAGGAAUUGAUGCAAGACGAGGUCUUAUAUCCUGGGUGGAGGCUGAGUCAUUGCAGCAUCUGCUUGCUGACUAUUGCCCUCUAUUGCCUCCUCCGAGGUCAACGAUUGCAGCAGCUUUCAGUCCUGAUGGAAAAACACUUGCAUCCACACAUGGAGAUCACACUGUAAAGAUAAUUGAUUGCCAGACUGGGAAAUGCUUAAAGGUGUUGAGCGGUCAUAGGAGGACGCCAUGGGUGGUUAGAUUCCACCCUCUGUAUCCUGAUCUUCUAGCAAGCGGGAGUUUGGACCAUGAGGUUCGAUUGUGGGAUGCAAAAAGUGCUGAGUGUAUUGGAUCCCGUGAUUUUUACCGCCCUAUAGCUUCCAUCGCUUUCCAUGCUCAGGGGGAGUUUCUUGCUGUUGCUUCAGGCCAUAAGCUACACAUAUGGCACUAUAAUAGUAGAGCAGAGUCAUCAGGGCCAACAGUUGUACUUAAGACUCGCCGCUCUCUCAGGGCUGUGCAUUUUCAUCCUCAUGCUGCUCCAUUCCUUCUCACGGCUGAGGUAAAUGACAUGGAUACAUCCGAUUCAUCCAUGUCAAUUGCAACUUCUCCAGGCUACUUGUGCUACCCUCCUCCCACUGUCUAUUUAGCAGAUGCUAAUACUGGUUCUCGGUCAAAUCUACCAAAUGAGUUGCCCCUCUUAUCUUUGCCAUUCUUGAUAUGGCCUUUGAUUGGUAGAAAUGAAGGCAGAGUACCUUUUCUGCAAACAGAUACAGAUGGGGGUGUUGAAAGCGCACAGCAAAGAGUGGAUACUUCUAACUCCGUGCGGCUUCUAACAUACUCAACUCCAACUGGUCAAUAUGAAGUUUUGUUAUCUCAUAUAGAACCAAAUGGUUCUCCAGAGGAGCAACAACCCAACACUUCGGUGGCUGAGACAGAUAAUACUGUUUCUCAGCCUGUAGUAGAUGCUAUGGAGACUGAUGCUCAGCCGGAGGAAAGAAAUAAUCACUUUUUCCCCUUCAGUGAUCCAGCAUACUGGGAACUUCCAUUCCUGCAGGGUUGGUUGAUUGGUCAAAGCCAAGCUGGCCUCCGUGCAAUGCGUUCACAGAAUGGUGGUUCUCAUGAUAGUAUUCCCCCUUUCCAAAAUCUUGAGCAUCCUGCUCCAUCAGGAGUGCCAAAUUCUGCUCCAUCGGGGUUACCUGUGGCAAAUGAUACUUUUCAUUCAAGAUUACCUGGAAGAUCUGGCUUGCGGCAUCGGUCCUCUCGUUCACAUGCUAUUGGAUCUAGUGAAGGUCCUACUCUGAAUGUUAGCGCACAGGAGGAGGGCAAUCCGCCUCCCCUUGUGGGGCAGAUCCAGCCUGAGGUGAGCACCUCACUGGCAGCUGCUGCAACAUCUGAGUUACCAUGCACUGUGAAGCUUAGAAUAUGGUCUCAUGAUGUUAAAGAUCCUUGCGCCGCACUUGAUACUGAACGAUGUCGCUUAACCAUACCUCAUGCAGUUCUUUGCAGUGAAAUGGGGGCCCAUUUUUCACCCUGUGGGAGGUACUUAGCAGCCUGUGUUGCUUGUGUAUUACCAAACAUGGAUGUCGAUCCUGGUUUUCACGGGCAAUUUCAUCAUGAUGCCACUGAGAUAGCAACUUCUCCAACCAGACAUCCAAUUUCAGCCCAUAAAGUGAUGUAUGAGCUGCGAGUGUAUUCACUUGAAACAGCAACCUUUGGGGCUGUGCUGGCAUCACGGGCUAUUAGAGCUGCUCAUUGUUUAACUUCAAUUCAGUUUUCUCCAACAUCUGAGCAUCUUUUACUUGCAUAUGGUCGUCGCCACAGUUCACUUCUUAAGAGCGUUGUAAUUGAUGGAGAACUGACUGUACCAAUUUAUACUAUUCUAGAGAUAUACAGGGUUUCUGACAUGGAACUUGUUAGAGUUCUUCCCAGUGCUGAGGAUGAAGUCAAUGUGGCUUGUUUUCAUCCUUCAGUUGGUUGUGGUCUUGUCUAUGGAACAAAGGAAGGAAAGCUAAGGAUUCUUCAGUAUGAUAAAGCUCGUGUGAAUCAUUCUCCAUCUUUUCAGGAGAACAUGUUAGAGGUCCCAACAUACGCUUUAGAGGGCUAAUAUUGUCAAUCACACCUACAUAUUAGAGGGCUGUGAUGUUGAUAUUCGGAGUUGGAGUUCGUCUUAAGAUGGCAACUUGCCCGGUGGAUGGAAAUGUUGUGUUCAGCGCAAGAAUAUUGCAUAUGGUGUUUGAUUGAAGGCACCUUUACUUUUAGUUUUAGGAAUGCAAAAGAAAGUUUGUAUAAUCUUUUGUUGUAUACAUUUCUGUGGCAAAGAAUCAGAGCCAUUAGGAAGGAAGCCAAAACCCCAAAAAUAGGGAGGAGGGCGAAUCUCGACUAGGUUGUCGGCGUUUGGUGGGGUUUGGGUCGGGGGUGUUGUUGGAGAGAUGUGCUUUCAUGGUGGAUACAAGAGAGUAAGAGGGCCGAGGAGGACAAAUUUUUGUACAAAAUGCUGUGUUUGUAUUCUUAGUUCCCCUUCUCUUUCUACAGUUUUUGAGUUCACGUCCGAAACUUUUGUUUUUUCCCCCUUGACCCGCGCUUUUACAAUUCUGCAUUGCCUAUUUAAAAAAUGUCUACUUUCGAAGUAAACCGUUUGGAGCGCUUUUUGGUAUGUGUUUCUCGAACAUGUACAACUCAGAAUUCCGGAUACCAGAAAAGAAA